CCUACCAAUGAUAGAGACUUUCAGGGACAAAAUGGCCGCCGAGACUUAUUUGCCCCCAAGGAGCGAGAAACAAGCCAAAGGGCUGUCAAUGCGCAUGCGUCUCUCAGGACGGCUCGAGAUAGCCCCCAACCUGAUGAUACAAAAUGGCCGCCGGGAUGUAUAUGGCGCUGACGACUCGCGGAAAAUAGGCGCGGCAUUGCCUCACUGCGCACGCGCGCACGCCCAGUUUUCCCCAGAGAGACGUCGCGAGAAUUCCAGGUCGGAUCUCUCGCGGGAUUUCGCUGACUAGUUCUCGCGGUAGCGGGUGCGCGGCUCUGCCAUGGCUGCGGCUCUGAUGGCGACGAGGCAGCUGUGGAGAGUGGCCCUACUGGCGCCCCGCCUGGUGCCGGGAGCCGAGCGCCGGACCCUGACGUCACACACCCCCAUCCCUCCUCCCGCGAAGUACGGGGGGCGUCACACCGUGACCAUGAUCCCGGGCGACGGCAUCGGGCCGGAGCUGAUGCUGCACGUGAAGGAGGUGUUCAGGCAGGCCUGCGUCCCGGUGGACUUUGAGGAGGUGCGGGUGAGCUCGGAGGCGGCGGAGGAUGAUAUUCAGAACGCGAUCAUGGCCAUCCGGCGAAACCGCGUCGCCCUGAAGGGAAACAUUGAGACCAACCACAACCUGCCCCCGUCCCACAAAUCCCGGAAUAACAUCCUGCGCACCAGCCUGGAUCUCUACGCCAACGUGAUUCACUGCCAGAGCCUCCCGCGGGUGCUGACGCGGCACCGGGACAUCGACAUCCUGAUCGUCCGCGAGAACACGGAGGGCGAGUACAGCAGCCUGGAGCACGAGAGCGUCUCCGGCGUGGUCGAGUGCCUGAAGAUCAUCACCAGGGCGCGGUCGCUGCGCAUCGCCGACUACGCCUUCCGGCUGGCGCGCGAGGCCGGGCGCGCCAAGGUCACCGCCGUGCACAAGGCCAACAUCAUGAAGCUGGGGGACGGGCUCUUCCUGCAGUGCUGCCGGGAGGUGGCGGGCGGCUACCCGGAGCUCACCUUCGAGAGCAUGAUCGUGGACAACACCACCAUGCAGCUGGUGUCCCGCCCCCAGCAGUUUGAUGUCAUGGUGAUGCCCAAUCUGUACGGGAACAUCGUGAACAACGUGUGCGCGGGGCUGGUCGGGGGCCCGGGGCUGGUGCCCGGCGCCAACUACGGGAGGGACUUCGCCGUCUUCGAGACCGCCACGCGGAACACGGGGAAGAGCAUCGCCCAGAAGAACGUCGCCAACCCCACAGCCACCCUGCUCGCCGCCUGCAUGAUGCUGGACCACCUCCGACCCACACGCCGGACAUCGGGGGCCAGGGCACCACGUCGGGGGCCGUCCAGUCCAUCCUGCGUCACGUCCGCUCGGCCAGCGGCUGGAGCCAGUGCAGCUAGGGCCGGGGGGAGAACCCCACUCUGAGGCCAAGGGGCCGUGCAGGCCGGUGCCCCCCAGCUGGGCGAUCCAUGGGGCGGGCCCAAGCCCCCCGCCCUCCCGUCCAUGUCACUGCUGCUGUGUGCGUCGCCGUGGGGCCAGCGCCCCCCAUGGGGAAUAAAUGUCUGUCUGUCUCAGCUGGCUCCGC